AUUGCGGUAAGAUUGAAGAGGUUCCGCAGUUAAGCUGCUCUUUGCUUCAUUGUAUUGAUAUACAUAUUCGUUCAGCGCUAUAGUUUCUACACUACUCUCUGCAGAUACAAACUUGAAUCUCAUCGUUCCAUUUUUCGAUUUGAGAGUGUAGCUAAUAACAAUGACAGAUGCUGAAGACGCCACUCGGCGCCGUACUGCGGUUGCGGAUUACCGUAAGAAACUUCUUCAACACAAGGAAUUGGAAUCCAGAGUACGAUCCGUUAGAGAGAAUUUGCGAGCUUCAAAGAAAGAGUUCAAUAAAACAGAGGAUGAUUUGAAGUCUCUUCAAAGUGUUGGCCAGAUCAUUGGCGAAGUUCUUAGGCCUCUUGACAAUGAACGCUUGAUUGUUAAAGCAAGCAGCGGACCUAGGUAUGUGGUUGGCUGCCGCAGUAAAGUGGAUAAGGAAAAACUGACUGCCGGUACAAGAGUGGUUCUUGAUAUGACAACGCUCACUAUAAUGCGAGCUCUUCCACGUGAAGUUGAUCCGGUAGUUUAUAAUAUGCUGCAUGAGGAUCCUGGUAAUGUCAGUUACUCUGCUGUUGGUGGUUUAUCUGAUCAGAUAAGGGAAUUGAGGGAAUCGAUUGAAUUACCUCUGAUGAAUCCUGAACUCUUCCUUCGAGUUGGAAUUAAACCCCCUAAGGGUGUUCUCCUUUACGGACCUCCUGGUACUGGUAAAACGUUGUUAGCUAGGGCAAUUGCCAGUAACAUAGAUGCAAACUUCUUGAAGGUUGUUUCGAGUGCAAUAAUUGAUAAGUACAUUGGAGAAAGUGCCAGGUUAAUACGAGAAAUGUUUGGGUAUGCACGUGAUCAUCAGCCUUGCAUCAUUUUUAUGGAUGAGAUCGAUGCCAUUGGUGGUCGUCGUUUCAGUGAGGGAACAAGUGCUGAUCGUGAGAUUCAAAGAACACUAAUGGAGUUGCUUAACCAACUUGAUGGGUUUGAUCAACUUGGGAAGGUUAAAAUGAUAAUGGCAACAAACCGGCCUGAUGUACUUGAUCCUGCUCUCUUGCGUCCUGGAAGAUUAGAUAGAAAAAUAGAAAUUCCAUUGCCUAAUGAACAAUCAAGAAUGGAAAUUCUCAAGAUUCAUGCUGCUGGGAUUGCUAAGCAUGGUGAAAUAGAUUAUGAAGCUGUUGUGAAGCUUGCAGAGGGAUUUAAUGGAGCUGAUCUUCGAAAUGUGUGCACGGAAGCUGGAAUGGCAGCAAUUCGUGCAGAACGUGAUUAUGUGAUCCAUGAAGAUUUUAUGAAGGCUGUUCGAAAACUGAAUGAUGCAAAGAAACUUGAAUCUAGUGCUCACUACAAUGCUGAUUUUGGCAAAGACUAAAAGCUAUGGAUAUAUGUAGGCAGUACUUCUUUUGAGCCCAACAUACUUCAUGCAAUUUGGUUAAACUCAUACGGACAGACAAGCAGUCUCUUUGGGCUAGCAUUGUAUUAUCUGAAUUAUGCAGUUGGGUCAGGUGGAGAACUUAAUGGUAAGGGAAGGUAAAGGGAAGAUGUCCGCUUGAGUUAUUUGCCAAAACUAAUUGUAUUGAUUUUUAUUUUUUUUUGGGUUUUCUUUUGGAUUAUGUUUACAUAAUUUAUGUCACUGAUCUUUGAAUUUGAUCUAGAGUUUGUGCAUCUCCCCAUUUAUUAUUGAAGACUGCUUGUUAAGUCAAUCUGCGUUGCAAUUUUCAUCUAUAAAUUUGAGUUGGUGUUUAAGCUAGAGCAAUGAUAAGUUUUAUUAGUUGGAAGAGGGGGAAGGGUCGCACAUAAUGCUACUGAACAAUAUAAUCGUUGAGUUUG